AUGACGAGUCGCCACUGAUCAUACCAUUCUGGAACGAUGCUGAUAUUAAAAGUCUGGUUUCACACACAGCUAAGUGUGAAAUCUGAACACAAAGAGGAACACUAAAACUCCUGCAGGCUUUACUUUAGCUUGAUACACCUCUUAAAGCCAGUAUUUAGAUUUUCUUAAUAAAAAAAAGAUGGUGACGUUUGUAGUCCAAAAGGUAUAAAGGACUACAAUUCCCACAAAGCCAGCCUCUAAGCGAUAGAUGGGCAACCUGUGGAAAAGACGCCGUCUAGGAACAGUUUUUAACCCUCUUAUGUUUGGCAGUUAUACUGUCCUUUAGGUAGAAAGAAAGGACGCCCUAAGUUGUUAAUUAUUUCAUUAGAGUUUUGCUUCUGUGGAUUAAUUUGCUUUUUGACUAUUGUAAAGGCCUAUUUUCUUUGCUAUCUGUGUAAAAAGCGUGUUAUUUUAUUUUGAACAAACAUCGCGCAAUAUCACCAUCAUCCGAGGACCAAACAAGUCAACACAACUGCCACUGUGGGGUGUCAGAUCUCUACCAUGUGAGUGCUGGCUACCUCUUUGUGCUGCGGUGCCCGCCUGAAGACAAACACACCAACGUGACGUGGAGCCGAGAGGGGGGGCACAACCUGCCGCCUGGAGUGGAGGUCAUCGACGGCUUACUGUGGUUCCUGCCUGUGCAGAUGUCUCAUAAUGGGUCGUAUACCUGUGAGAAAAGGGGUAAGACUGGAUUGAGGGUGACCAUCGGGCUGUCAGUGUCCAGUGACGCGUGUCCUGAAGGACCUGAAACCAUAUCCUUCGCUGAGGACGUCAGCAGUAGUGUUCCCUGCAAACAGAAAGAGAUAUUCAAACUAAAUACCGAAAGGAAUAUACGAUGGCUGAAGGACUGCAAACCAGUGCAGCGGUACACAUCUGUAGAUAAAGACGGAUUAAUGAGACUGAAUGGAUCCUCAAAGAGGGAUGCUGGGAAAUACACCUGCCUGGUAGACUUCACCUUCAACGGCCAGAAUUUCACUGCAGCACGCAGCAUACGGCUGAAUAUCACAAAGAUUGGCACAGUGAUUGCAGCCGAACCUAUAGUGGAGUACCCUCAACAGGCAGUGGUCGUGGUUAAAGAGGGUACGCCAGUGGAGCUGAAGUGUAAGGCCUACAUCGGCUAUAGUGAGGACAAUGACACCGAAAUGUUUUGGUUUGUCAACAACACUUUCAGCGAUGAUUUUGAUGGACUCAAGGAUUCCUGGCACCAUGUUCACGAAGGCGGCAGAGUGAAAGGUGUGUCCACUCUGUCCAUCCCCAAAGUUCUCCGUCAGUUCAUCAAUGUCCCGUUUUCCUGCUGCGUGCAGACCUCCAUUGGACACAAAUGCGGAAUAUUGUGGCUCCAAGAAGCGGACCACCGUGCCCUCUACACCAGCGUCUCUCUCUGCAUCUCAGCCUCCCUCGCUGUCCUGGCAGCGACCGCUGCCUUCCUCUUCUUCAGAGUAGAUCUGGUGUUGGCCUACAGGAAACUGUUGAGACAUUUCUCCAAACAACAAAUUUCAGACGGGAAGCUCUACGACGCCUAUGUGAGCUUCCUCCAUCCAGACACGCUGACUUCGGAUGUGACGGCAAACUUCGCCAUGCAGAUCCUGCCGAAGGAACUGGAGACACAGGGCUACUCGCUGUUCAUCCGAGGACGGGACGACUGCCCUGGAGAAGCGGUGCAUGGUGUCAUCUCUUCCAUGGUAUGUCGGUGCCGCAGGUUGAUCAUCAUCCUGUCACCAGAGAUAAAAUCCUCCACUGAGGGAAAAACAGAUGAAGUAGAGCCCCUGUGUGACAACCAGACGCAGCUUUGCUAUGAGCAGAAAAUCGGCCUCCACGACGCUCUGACCCGCAACGAGCCCCGAGUCAUCCUGGUGGAAAUCGGCUCGGUGGAUUACAGAUGUCUGCCAGAGUCUCUGCGCUACAUCCAGAGGAAACAAGGAGCUUUGAAGUGGAAGAAACCCUCCCUCAAAACCAAAAAACAUAUCAAGUUUAGCUCAAACAGAAACUUCUGGAAGCAUCUGAGGUACCAUAUGCCCUCAGUGCCGGCAGGGAAACAACACACUAUUGUUUAAACCCAGUGAGAAAUGUGAUGCUAUAUGGGAAUAUUUAUCUGGAUAAGAAGACUUUCCCGCUGAAGUUUCUUGCUCAGGGACACAACGACAUGCUGACUGCAGUGGGACUCAAACCUACUCUCCCCUGAUCCGAAGCUCCCCGCAAUAAUACACCACAGCGUUGUUUGUAUACACGUAAUGGAUUACGUAUAUACAAACAACGCCCAUUGUCUGACUCAUUGGUCUGUGAAAGCAUGCCAUGUGGUUGCAAUCUGGACAGAGAGACAUCUGCUGGAUUUCCUCCUGCUAUGAAACAGGAACAUUUAAUUUGCUCCACAUGUUACAGACUUUCCUCUUUGGCUAUUCCACAUAACUCUACAGGUCUCAGGGGUUGCAAGUGUAAUUUACUAUUGUAAAUGUUGCCUUUAUUGUAUAUAUUCAAGGCUGUUGUGGCUUGGUAAUUAGACAGUCAAAGUUUUGAUGUUAAAAUGUCCUUGUACUUAAUGAAGAAGAAAAAAGACAUAACAAAGCUCUGUUUUUAACGGUAAAAUAUUGAUCAGAAAGAAAUGUGAACGCUCAUGAAGGGAAAACUUUUAUGAAGGUCCACAAUUUCACUUCUUGCACUCAGUGUUUCAGUGCUACAUUGAACCUGGAAUGACCUACUGUAUUAGACCUCAUUUUUGCCCUGAAAACACUGUAUGUAUUUAUUAUCUGACAACUGCGUGAGUUUUUAUUAAAAUAAAUAAUAUUUAUCCUGA